CUUUCCUUGCCGUGCACCGACCAUCGUCGCUCUACGGUUUCUUUUUGUCUCCGUUGCCUUUCUGAUUGCCUUAUUCUCCUUAAGUGCACAUACAUACUAAUACUACCGCGAUCGGAUUUCAUAGGAGCGUUUUGACUUUGAUCUUAUUUCUUAAUCCACAACGAACAUGAGACGUGGAGAGGGCCCCAAGGUGGAACUAAGGUUUCUUAUUUCCACUAAGGCUGCCGGUGUUAUAAUCGGCAAAGGUGGUGAAAACAUACAGCGUAUUCGUGAGGAGGUAUGUCAAGUUCUCUUUCCCACUUUUUUGUUGGUUUAUCAUUUGUAAGAUCUAACGAUUUGGCCUAUCUCUGUUCUUUUCCGUCCAUUAUGGUUUUGUCUCUUGGCCCGCCCGAACUGUCCCGCCAUCUGCUGGCUCGUAACCCACCCCCAUGCCCCGUCCCGUCCCGCCCUGCCCUGCCCUGCCCUGCCUAUGCUCGUUUUCGCGCAUCCCUCCUACAAUCAACGGGUGUCUCCCCGGUGGGUCCUUAUUUCCUUGGGGUUGCUUCUAGUACUCAGUGAAAGUUAUGAUUCCCGAUAGCAAUGGCCCUGAAAGGGUACUUGUUCUGGAUGGCGAUUUGGGCUCCAUCAUUGAGAUUUUUAUGGAAAACCUGGAGCGAAUGCAAAACAACAGGGACGAAGGCGUUGACCUUCGGUUGCUGGUUCAUCAAAGCCAAGCUGGUUGCAUAAUAGGAAGAGGAGGCUACAAAAUUAAGGAAUUGAGGGAGCAAUCUGGUCUGCAAACUCUCAAAGUUUACCAGAUGCUCUGUCCGGGUUCAACCGACAGAGUUAUCCAGUUGGUCGGCGAUCUAGAGAAAGUUAUCGAUUGCUUGCAAGCCAUCGCCGAAUUGCUCGAGGGUGCUCCACCGAAAGGGUCCCGGCAAAAUUAUGAUGCUCGUGACGUUGAUGAAUCGAUCGCUGCCGAGUAUGGUGGUUGGGGUGUCGGAAAUCAAAAUACUACUCUAAACCUGGUUCAGCGUCGUAAUAAUUUGCAGAAUACUGCGUAUAAUCAGGGGGCACCAAACGAAUACUGGCCUCUUGGCCAGUAG